AAGCCGAACCCCCAAUCUCCGCCCCCUCCAAGAUCCACCCUAUUGGCGUAGACAGUCAGAAGCCACGUCCAAUAAGAAGGAAGGGGCGGCCGCCUAGUCCUAUCCGCUGCGACAACACAAAAACGGACGCCACUAAGUGGCGGACGCUAUACCUGGGUCUUUCCGGGUCCUUCCACGCUUAGCCCGUACUGGUGCCGGUCCUGGGCCCGAGAGAGAUCCAGAAGGGACGCUCUAAGAAGACUGGAGAGCGUCUGGUGAAAGUAAUCCGGGUUAUGGGAUGACCCAGUGGGGGAGGCAGACUGACUGUCUGAAGCAAGCAAACUGAGGACUUUGUUAUAGAAUUCGCAAAAUGAUUGGGAGCAGAAAUGCAUAAAAACAACAGGCAGAAUAGAAGACGUGUGCGAAGGGGCCACCAGCAGAACCCUUGGUUCAGACAACACGUUUCUGACGAGAGGUGUAACACAGUGGCACAGCAAAGCCCACAGGAUUCUGGCCGUGCCGAUGAUGACGAGGCCCCAUCGACCUCAUCUGGCACAGCUGGGAGUUCUUCCGCGCCAGAUCUUCCAGGGUAUUACUUUGACCCGGAAAAGAAGCGCUACUUCCGCUUGCUCCCCGGACAUAACAAUUGCAACCCCCUCACAAAGGAGAGCAUCCGGCACAAGGAGAUGGAAAGCAAAAGGCUGCAGCUGCUGGAGGAAGAAGACAAGCAGAAAAAGAAAAUAGCCAGGAUGGGCUUUAAUGCAUCUUCAUUGCUCCAAAAAAACAAGCUGGGUUUUCUCAAUGCCACCAGUUAUUGCCGUUUAGCUCAUGAGCUGCGAGUGAGCUGCAUGCAGAGGAAAAAGGUCCAGAUUCAGAGCUCGGAUCCCUCCGCUUUGGCAAGCGACCGAUUUAACCUCAUACUGGCCGAUACCAACAGUGACCGGCUCUUCACGGUGAAUGAUGUCAAAGUCGGAGGCUCCAAGUAUGGCAUCAUCAGCCUGCGUGGUCUGAAGACCCCCUCGCUCAAGGUGCAUAUGCACGAAAACCUCUACUUCACCAACCGGAAGGUGAACUCUGUGUGCUGGGCCUCGCUGAAUCACUUGGAUUCCCACAUUCUGCUGUGCCUCAUGGGAAUCGCAGAGACUCCAGGCUGUGCCACCCUGCUCCCAGCAUCGCUGUUUGUCAGUAGUCACCCAGGAGAACGGCCCGGCAUGCUCUGCAGUUUCCGGAUCCCUGGGGCCUGGUCCUGUGCAUGGUCCCUGAACAUCCAGGCAAAUAACUGCUUCAGUACAGGCUUGUCUCGGCGAGUCCUAGUGACCAACGUGGUGACAGGACACCGGCAGUCAUUUGGGACCAGCAGCGAUGUCUUGGCCCAGCAGUUUGCUCUCAUGGCUCCUUUGCUGUUUAAUGGCUGUCGUUCUGGGGAGAUCUUUGCCAUUGAUCUGCGUUGUCGAAAUCAGGGCAAGGGCUGGAAGGCCACCCGCCUGUUCCACGACUCAGCAGUGACCUCUGUGCAGAUCCUCCAAGAAGAGCAAAACCUGAUGGCAUCUGACAUGGCGGGAACGAUCAAGCUGUGGGACCUGAGAACCACUAAGUGUAUAAGGCAAUACGAAGGUCACGUGAACGAGUACGCCUACCUGCCCCUGCACGUGCAUGAGGAAGAAGGCAUCGUGGUAGCAGUGGGCCAGGACUGCUACACGAGAAUCUGGAGCUUCCAUGAUGCCUGCCUGCUGAGAACCAUACCUUCCCCACACCCCACCUCCAAGUCUGACAUCCCCAGUGUGGCCUUCUCGUCUCGGCUCGGGGGCUUCCGGGGAGCCCCAGGGUUGCUCAUGGCCGUCCAGCAGGACCUUUACUGUUUCUCCUACAACUGAUUCCACGGGGUGCAACCCAGAGGGAUGUGGACUUGACUUACGGGAGUGAGGAGCAGCCAUGCCUCUGCCACAAUUCCUGUUUCCAGUGAGGGCAUUUUAAAUGGGUGCUCUGUGUACACAGAUCCCAUCCAUCCGGCUGCUGGGAAGAGGUGCUAUGUUUUAAGUGGAGACACUUCAGUAAAGUUAUUCCAGUUAAGUUGUGAGCUCAGAGAGCUCAGAAGUCCUUUUCAUAAAAGGUACUUGUUUCCUGUUGAAUUCCUUAGAAUAGCCUGUGCCCCACUCCCCUCUCCUCCGCCCCAGCCCUUUUCAAACAAAAACUCUGCUAAGGGCUGAAGAUUGGCAGUAACUGAAGUUUUCUUUCACCAAAAGCCCUUUCAAGAAGGGUAAUGGGAUUGGGUGAGACUGUUAGUGUAGUCAGUGCUUGGGUCCCAGAAAGGUGUGCGCCUGGACUGGAGAAAGCUGGGGAGAAGGGGAAGCAGGGAGUCCUUUCUCUGAGUCUCUCGAGAAAGAUUGAAGGCUGGAUUGCGGGGGGGUGGUCAUUAAAAAGCCUUCUCAGACUCAUUCAACAUCAGUGGCAGAUCUUGGAUCCCCCUUUUAUUACCAUUCAUAGGCAUUGGGAGGAAAAAUGGACCUUUCUAGAUGCUAGAAGUUUUAAACAGGCCCUAGCAUGCAUGCCUUUGUUGAGGCACCUCCCAGCAUGUUAGGUACAACAGUUCCUAUUCCUGUUAUGGUGAUUUGAAUGGCAGCUUCAUGGGCCUCAUCUCAAAGAAAAUUGGUUUUCAUUUUUUGUAAUCUAGGAGAGGCAGUUUGUGAGCUGUUUAUACAAAGUUUUCAAGAGCCUGUCUUUCUACCGAACAAUAAACCAGAAAGAACGAUG